AUUUUUUAAGGAAGAUAGCACACCACUCCAGCAUGAAAUGGUGGAUGCAAUAAAGUGGGAAAUUGGGCCGCUGAAUAAGCUGUACAAGUUUGAAAGUCAUAAAUCCCAAUACUAAAAUGUCAAAAUUUACACACUCAUAAAGACUGCUGCUCUUACUUGGUUGUUAUCGUCGCCUUCAUUCCCACAUCACUGCUCCCACCAAAUCCGGUACAAUCCGAAAUUCGAAGAUCGCACAAAGUGGUGAUUUGUGAAAAAUGGCAGUAGUUGCUUCUGCUCCGGGGAAGGUUUUAAUGACUGGAGGCUACCUUGUUUUGGAGAGGCCUAAUGCUGGGAUUGUGCUGAGUACAAAUGCUCGAUUCUAUGCAAUUGUAAAACCGCUUUAUGAGGAAAUUAAACCCGACAGUUGGGCAUGGGCAUGGACAGAUGUGAAACUGACGUCUCCUCAGAUGGGAAGAGAAAUUAUGUACAAAUUGUCGCUCAAGAAUCUCCAGCUACAGAGUGUAUCCUCUAGUGAUAGGAAUCCGUUUGUUGAAUAUGCACUGCAAUAUGUUGUAGCAGCGGCUUGUGCCACGUUUGAUCAACCUAAGAAGGAUGAGUUGCAAAAACUUUUGUUGCGAGGUCUUGACAUUACUAUAUUAGGUUGCAAUGAGUUCUAUUCAUAUAGGAAUCAGAUUGAAGCACGUGGCCUACCAUUGACCUCCGAAUCAUUGGCUUCACUUCCUCCUUUUACUUCAAUUGCAUUCAAUGAGGAGGAAUCAAAUGGACAAAAGAGCAAGCCUGAAGUUGCCAAAACAGGGCUGGGCUCGUCAGCAGCUAUGACGACUGCUGUUGUCGCUGCUUUACUUCAUUACCUUGGAGUUGUCAGUCUCCCCUCAGAGUUCAGUGGUCCUCUUGAAGGGGAUAGAGUUUCCGCAGACCUGGAUGUCGUGCACGUUAUCGCUCAAACAGCUCACUGUAUAGCGCAGGGUAAAGUUGGUAGUGGUUUUGAUGUGAGCUCUGCUGUUUAUGGUAGUCAGCGGUAUGUCAGAUUUUCACCAGAAGUACUUUCUUCUGCUCAGGAUGCUGGUCGAGGGACUCCAAUUGAAGAGGCCAUAGGGAAUGUGCUAAAAGCUAAUUGGGAUCAUGAGAGGACUAAAUUUUCAUUACCCCCAAUGAUGACUUUAUUACUUGGAGAGCCAGGAAGUGGUGGAUCAUCAACACCGUCAAUGGUCGGUGCUGUAAAGAAGUGGCAAAAGUCAGACCCUCAAAAUUCCCUUGAAACAUGGAAGAAGUUGUCAGAAGCUAAUUCUGCUCUUGAGAUGCACCUCAAAACCUUGAGCAAAUUGGCAGAAAUAAACAUUGAUGAUUAUAAAUAUACCAUUAUCAAAUGCAGCACUGUCACAUCCGAAAAGUGGAGAGAUGAAGCUCCUGAACCAAAUCAAUUAGAAGUUGUUAAAGCAUUACUAGGAGCUCGAGAUGCCAUGCUUGCUAUCAGGUGUAACAUGCGCAAGAUGGGCGAGGCAGCUGGGAUUCCCAUUGAGCCCCAGUCACAAACUCAACUGCUGGAUACAACGAUGAAUAUGGAAGGUGUUCUGUUGGCUGGUGUUCCUGGUGCAGGUGGAUUUGAUGCAGUCUUUGCUGUGACCUUGGGGGAGUCGGGCAGCAACGUGGUCAAAGUCUGGAGCUCCCUCAAUGUGCUCGCCUUGCUAGUAAGAGAGGACCCUCGCGGAGUUUCCUUGGAAAGCAACGACCCUCGGGCAACAGAAAUAACUGGUGCGGUUUCUGCCCUUCGAAUCAAGUGAAGUUAAAUGUUUGUUACUUCUUUUACCGGUAUUGUCAUUUGAAACUCAGGUAGCUAAAUUUCAGUGAGUUUGAUACAGGAUUUUAACUUAUUACCACUGUUAAAAUAUUGUGUUUGUUGCAAGAUAAUAAGGAAACAGAACAUUUCUGUUGUAUUUUACAAUAAUAAUUUGUAUGAGAUGUUCCAUGUGCAUUUUCAA